AUGAUCAACAACUUCGAGUGUCAGAAGAUCGAUCAUGGAACGUCAGAUACAAGUGCACAGGAGAGGUACGCAGCAGCUGACAUCGAUUGCCUGAGCAGUAGAGCCUACUUGGUGUCGGUGAAAACGUUGGAGAAGCACCAGCUCUUGGUGAACCUGACCGAACGCCGUUCAGUCUGGGUGGGUUGUGACGAUAUCAAACAGGAAGGGAAGUUUUUUGUGUGGAAAGAUGACGGGCAGAUGAUGACCAACUCGGAACGCGUCAAUUUGUUUGCUGUAGGAGAACCGAAUGAUGUUGGUGGAUAUGAGGACUGCGUCAUCUUCUAUGCCGGGAACAAUGGACUAUUGGAUACUCCGUGUACUGAGAAACAUGUCUAUGUCUGUGAGAUGCCGUAUCGUUGA